UACGGAGAUACGUUUACCAGCAGCGAGUUGAGGAGGAAACAGCUGAGACGUUUCAAGAAAUUAAAGGAAAUAUUAUGGGAAAUAUGGCGAAAAACAAAUCAGAAACUUGUAUUUUCUGCUUGAUAGCCAACGACCAAGACAAAGAAACUGAAGUCAUUAAAAAGAACAAGGAGCUGGUGUGUUUUAGAGACAUUGACCCUGCUGCUCCUCACCAUUACCUGGUUGUACCCAUACAGCACAUACACAGCUGCCUCUCACUGCGCAGAGGACACAUCGGCCUCGUUAAAAGGAUGGCUGAAAUGGGGAAAACUGUACUCCACGACCAAGGGGUCACUGAUAUGAAGGACAUAAGGCUUGGGUUCCACCAACCUCCCUUCACUUCAGUGGAUCACCUCCACCUGCACGUGCUCGCCCCCUCCAGCCAAAUCUCCAAGCACAUGCAGUAUAAGUUCAUUCCAAGGACCUCCAGGUUUGUUACUGAAGAAUGUCUCCAGAAGCAUCUAAAGGAUAAUGCUCCACCAGUCCUCUCAGAGGAGUCUUUGAACCAGAAUGAGCCACAUGGAAAGGAUGCUUUGUGUUUCCCAUGUUGGAACACUACAGCAAUGGCAACAUUAUAAACUGUCAAGAACCUUAUCUGGAAACUGAGACAGGACAGUAAAUGAGAUAACCAAGCAGUACUGAACUACACUAAUUGCCUCUGAAAAUUGCUUCCCGGGAACUGAAUUGAUAAAUCAAUUAAUUUUGAAAGGAAAGCCAUAGCAUUGAGAUGUCACUGUGGACUGUCUGAAUGUUCAGCAAACAGUUCACACUUAUAAACAGGUGCAUGUACUGUUUGUUGUAGGCUUUGUGUGUAUGAAUGUAUGCUCAUUGACAAAGUGUGAAAUGAAUUCUACUUUUAUGGUUAGUGAUAUAAGAAAACAAUGGAUUGAGUCAAUCGAACACCAUGGAUCCGUGUAUAAGGGUUUGUUGAGAUAUUUCUUUAAAUUAAAUUGUUUUUUAAAGAGUUUCUGGUUAUUGUUAGAAAAGACAUCCUGGAAGGUGUCCACUCUCUUUCUGAGAAGUUAGAAAAAAGUAACGUUUCUGUAGGCUACUUAAAUCCAAAUGUACUUAAAUCCAAAUGUACUAAGUAUUUCCAUUUUACGUUACUUUUUACUUCUACUCCAGAUUUGGUUGA